AUGGCUUCGCGCUAUUUUGAUGCAAACACUGUACGACAACCUCCUGAGAUUAAUUUAGUUCUGCGUCCUCAGGGAUUGACUGGUGAUAAUGAAGUAUAUGCCAAAGUUGAUCUGUGGGUCAAGUGUCCACAUACUUACCCUGAUACUGUCCCUGAAAUACAACUAAAAAAUUCAAAGGGCUUGUCAAAUGAGAAAAUAAAUGAAUUAAAAUCCAGACUAGCUCAACUAGCAAAACAGUGCUGUGGAGAGGUGAUGAUAUUUGAACUUGCAGACCACGUACAGUCAUUUCUCAGUGAGCAUAAUAAACCACCUUCCAAGUCUUUUCAUGAAGAAAUGCUAAAAAAUCAUCAAAAAGAACAGGAAAGACUGGCUCAGGAGGAAUUGCGUAGGGCACAAGAAGUUAAGAGAAGAGAGGAGCAGGAGCAACGUGAAAUCCUUAAAGAGAUCCAGAAAAGGGAGGAAGAGAAAAGAGAAGAAAGAAAAAAGAAAGAGAUUGCCAAACAGGAACGUUUGGAAAUAUCUGCUCUGACAAGUCAAGAAAAAUCUCACAGGAGAGAUACUGCAGGAUAUAGAGUUGCUUCCAGUUUAAAUGGGAGCUGUUCGGAACAUGGAGUGAAUAAUAAACACCGCCCAAAUUCAGGUGGACGUUCAAAACGAGAACGCCAGCUUUCUGUUAGUAAUAAAGAAGAGUCCCCUGGGAAUUAUGAAGUUUUGAACUUCAGCACAAGUGGUGCUGGACAAUUUACUGUCCAUAAAGGAAAAUGUCUAGGCAAGGAUGAACAACUUGGUAAAUCGGUCUACAAUGCCUUGGAAAUUCGCAGUGGAGACUUUGUUUUAAUAUAUGAGUGGGUUCUGCACUGGCAAAAAAAGAUGGGAAGAUUUCUUACAACACAUGAAAUAGAGAAGAUUGAGAAGUGUAAAAAACAGCUUCAGGGUGCAGAAACAGAGUUCAGCUCACUGACGAAGCUAAGUCACCCAAACAUACUACAUUAUAAAUGUAUGAACCUUAAAGAACGGGACGAUUCAAUUGUGGUGGACAUUUUAGUGGAGCACAUAAGUGGUUGCAGCCUUUCUACAUAUUUACACAAAGAGACUCCAGUUCCAGUUGAGCAGUUGCGCCAUUAUGUGACCCAGAUCUUGUCAGCUCUCGACUACUUGCACAAUAAUUCAGUAGUGCACAAAGUUCUUUGUCCUUCAAGUAUCCUGGUAGAUGCUGAAGGAAACAUCAAGGUGACAGACUACAGCAUAUCCAAGCGCUUAGCCGAUAUUUGCAAAGCAGAUGUUUUUGAGCAAACCAAAGUUCGUUUCAGUGAGGAUGGUCUUCCCAGCAAACCUGGAAAAAAAGGAGAUGUAUGGAGUUUGGGCUUGCUUCUGCUUUCACUCAGCCAGGGCCAAGUAACCAAGGAAUAUCCAGUUGCUGUUCCUACCAAUUUACCUGCUGACUUCCAAGACUUUCUGGAAAAAUGUGUUUGCUUGGAAGAUAAGGAAAGAUGGAAUCCUCAGCAGUUGUUACAACAUAGUUUUAUCAACAUUCCACGAAUGAAAAUACCUGUAGCUGAAGAAAAUCUAGAUGAUUCAGCAGGUAUAGAUUGCAUCGAGACAGUUGUACCCAGCAGUCAGAUAUCCAGCGCUUCAUUCUCCACAGAAACACAGAGACAAUUUUCGCGCUACUACAAUGAGUUUGAAGAGCUAAAAUUACUUGGCAAAGGGGCUUUUGGAGCAGUCAUCAAGGUGAGAAAUAAGCUUGAUGGUUGCUAUUACGCUGUGAAACGUAUCCGCAUAAACCCUGCCAGCAAGCAGUUUCGGAGGAUUAAGGGGGAGGUAACGUUGCUUUCCCGCUUGAACCAUGAGAAUAUUGUGAGGUAUUACAAUGCUUGGAUAGAAAAACAUGAAAGUCCUGUUCCCACUGUGUCAUCAUCUGAAACAACCCAAGAGAAAAGAAUGCCCCCCAAAGCCGGUCUCUUCAUCCUUAGCACUGAGGAGACAAAUAACGUGGAAGCUAAUGCUCCUCCUCCAGUUUUGACAAGUUCAGUUGAGUGGAGUACUUCAUGUGAAAGACCCUCCAGCAACAAAUUCAGUGGAGCUGAUCAGGAGUCCAGUGAUGAUGAUGAUGAUGAUGGUGAUGGCGUGUUUUCACAUUCAUUUUUGCCAACCACAGAUUCUGAAAGUGAAAUAAUUUUUGAUAAUGAGGAUGAAAACAGUAAAGGUGAUCUUCCGGAUGAAGAAGGCAAUGAAAAGAAUGGCCAUGGAGGAGAGGACAGGACAUCAGUCAUUCACACAGUGCAUUACCUGUACAUUCAGAUGGAAUAUUGUGAAAAAAGCACGUUAAGGGAUACUAUUGACCAAGGAUUAUAUGAAGACACCAGUCGGCUUUGGAGGCUUUUCCGAGAAAUUUUAGAUGGAUUAGCUUACAUCCAUGAAAAGGGAAUGAUCCACAGAGACUUGAAACCUGUGAACAUUUUUUUAGAUUCAAGUGAUCAUGUCAAAAUUGGUGAUUUUGGUUUAGCUACAGAUCAUCCAGCAAAUGCAGCGGUCUCUAAACAAGAAGAAAAUCACUCGGAUAGCUCUGCUAUGUCUGACCCAUCAGGUAAUUUGACAGGGAUGGUUGGCACUGCACUAUACGUCAGCCCAGAGGUCCAAGGAAGCACUAAAUCUACAUACAAUCAGAAAGUGGACCUGUUUAGUCUGGGUAUAAUAUUCUUUGAAAUGUCUUACCAUCCAAUGAGUACUGCAUCAGAAAGGAUUUUUGUUCUUGGGCAGCUAAGACUGCCCACUAUUGUAUUUCCGAAAGACUUUGAUGAAGUGAAGCAUGCAAAGCAGAGAUCAGUGAUUACAUGGCUUCUGAACCAUGAUCCUGCAGCACGACCAACAGCUGUGGAGCUGUUAAAAAGUGAACAUCUUCCACCACCACAAAUGGAAGAGUCUGAACUCCAUGAAGUACUCCACCAUACCUUAGCAAACGUGGAUGGAAAGGCCUACCGGACUAUGAUGAAUCAGAUAUUUUCACAGCGUAUAUCUCCAGCUAUAGACUAUACUUACGACAGUGAUAUGCUGAAGGGUAGUUUUUCUAUUUGGGCAGCCAAGAUACAGCAGCAUGUAUGUGAGAUUGUCAGCCGGAUAUUUAAAAGACACGGAGCCAUCAAGCUGCAUACUCCACUGCUAAUGCCCAGAAAUAAAAAACUAUACGAACAUAAUGAAGCUUCGUAUUUCAUGGAUCACAGUGGGAUGCUGGUAAUGCUUCCUUAUGACCUCAGAAUUCCAUUUGCAAGAUUUGUUGCUAGAAAUAACAUAUCAAACUUGAAAAGAUACUGUAUAGAGCGAGUUUUCAGACCUCGGAAGUUAGACCGCUGUCAUCCCAAAGAACUCCUGGAAUGUGCAUUUGACAUCAUUACGUCUUCUGGAAAUAGCUUUUUGCCCAUAGCAGAAACAAUUUAUGCCAUUUCAGAAAUCAUUCAGGAGUUUUCAGUGCUACAGGAAAGAAAUUACAGUAUUUACUUGAACCACACUGCAUUACUGAAAGCUAUACUUUUGCACUGUGGGAUACCAGAGGAUAAACUCAAUCAAGUUUACAUCAUUCUGUAUGAUGCUGUGACUGAAAAACUAACUAAAAGAGAAGUAGAAGCCAAAUUCUGUAAUCUUUCUCUCACAUCAAAUAGUCUUUCUCGACUCUACAGAUUCAUUGAGCAGAAGGGAGAAGCAAGUAAUGUAUUUCCAUUUUUAAACACAAUGAUAAAACAAAAGCCAGGUGUCACUCAGCUGUUGAAGCAUGGCAUGAAGGAUUUGGAGGAAAUCAUUGGUCUAUUAAAGCAACUUGGAAUAAAACUUCAGGUUUCUAUAAAUCUGGGACUAGUUUACAAAAUACAGCAGCACAAUGGUAUUAUCUUUCAGUUUAUAGCAUACAUCAAAAGGAGACAAAGAACUGUACCUGAAAUUCUUGCUGCAGGGGGCAGAUAUGAUCAUCUGAUUCCACAAUUUAGAGGUCCACAGACAGUAGGACCAAUUCCUUCAGCUGUUGGAGUCAGCAUAGCUAUAGAUAAAAUAACUGCUGCUGUUUCCAGUGUGGAGGAUUCUGUUUCUGUCAGCUCGUGUGACCUGCUGGUUGUAAGUGUUGGUCAGAUGUCAAUGGGUAGAGCGAUCAAUAUUGUUCAGAAACUCUGGACUGCAGGAAUUCCAGCCGAAAUAAUGUAUGACUGGUCGCAGUCCCAGGAAGAACUGCAGGAAUAUUGCAGAUGCUCUGGAAUUACAUAUGUGGCUCUUGUGUCAGAUAAAGAAGGAAGCCAUGUGAAGGUGAAAUCCUUUGAGAAAGACAGACAGACGGAGAAAAGGGUUUUAGAAUCUGACUUACUAGAUCACCUGAUCCAGAAACUGAAAACUAAAAUCUGUGAUGAAAGAUGUAGUAGAGAAACCUCAGAUAAUCUUUCAGUACCAAAUCAAAAGGGAUCAUUUACUAAUAUUUCAGGUGUAUUUGAAUCACAUGGAACUCUUGUAGUGCCUAAUGUUAGUGUUAUAGCUCCUGAAAAAUUAUCUGCCAGUGCCAGGCGUCGUCAAGAAAUUCAGGUGCAAACAAGACUUCAGACAUUCAUUUCUGGCCUGCAACAGAAAACAAGUGAGAUUGAGAUUUUAGCAGUAGAUCUGCCAAAAGCAACUGUGAUACACCUCUUAUCAUUAGAGUUUUAUGGAGAUAGACAAGCCUUUGAUGCUACUGUGAGACAACUGAUGUCACGAUGGCCAAAACAGAGAUGUUCAUACUUACAAGCAAUUUGUGAUGAAAUUUAUAGUAUCAAAAUGGAAAAGAGGGUUCCUGCACUUAUCCUGUACAGUUACCGAGACGAAUACAAGGUUUUGUUUUAG